UUCCCCUGUAUGUUUGCUCCCUUGCUGUGGUGCACAUGGCCAGUCCCUAGUGGAGGUGGUGAGGAUGGGUCUUGUCCCAUCUCUGUGCUGAUGUCCAGAGCAUCUGGAGUGCCGUUUGCCGUGUGUCCCAAAAAGUGUCAGUGUGCACCAAGAAAUGCAAUCUGAACUAAAUUGCAUGGUGAAAAAUCUCAAGCAGCUCUCGAAUGAUUGAGAUCCAGUCACAGAUGUCAGAGCGGGCUGUGGAGCUUUUGGGCUUGCCAGAAGAUCAGCCAUGUUUCCUUCUGGAUGUUGGCUGUGGCUCUGGUUUGAGUGGAGAUUACAUCUCUGAAGAGGGACAUCACUGGGUUGGGAUGGACAUCAGUUCUGCCAUGCUGGAUGUUGCUAUGGAGAGAGAGGUGGAAGGAGACCUCAUCCUUGCAGACAUGGGGCAGGGGAUUCCCUUCAGGCCAGGCAUGUUUGAUGGCUGUGUCAGUAUUUCUGCAGUGCAAUGGCUCUGUAAUGCUGAUAAGAAGACACACAGUCCCCCAAAACGCCUGUAUCGAUUCUUCUCAACCCUUUAUUCUGCCUUGGCCCGAGGAUCCCGAGCCAUCCUGCAGUUGUACCCUGAAAACUCAGAACAGCUGGAGCUCAUCACUGCGCAGGCCAUGAAGGCAGGGUUCACGGGAGGAAUGGUGGUGGAUUAUCCCAACAGCGCCAAAGCCAAGAAGUUCUUCCUCUGUCUCUUUGUUGGGACGGCUGGUGCGUUACCAAAGGCCCUUGGUGCUGAGUGCGCUGAUGGAGAGGAGUCCCAGCAGGCCAAGUUCACCAAUGAAAGAACACGGUUCAGAAAUGCCAAAGGCAAGUCUGUAAAGAAAAGCCGGGACUGGGUCUUGGAGAAGAAGGAACGCAGACGGCGGCAGGGCAAGGAAGUGAGGGCGGAUACGAGAUACACUGGCCGAAAGCGGCGGCCUCGCUUCUGACUACCCCGCAUAGUCCAGCUCGGUGGUCGCCAUGCAACAGCCCCUGUGGAACUUCCCUGGAUGGACCCCCUGGUCUGAAAGCUGCUUGUAUGGAGCGGGUCUGUUUGUGGCCCUUGCAACGGGAGGCUGGGCCAUCUCUGCUGCUGUCCAGGAUCCCAUUUGAUGCUUCUGGUCGUAUUUAAUGGGAUGAUGCCGGUCAGGAACAGACUCACUGCAUCUAUUUUUAUGUGCUGGGUGCUGACAUUGAGCCAGCCACUUGUAGACCCCCUUUCUUUAGCCAUCUGUUAUGAGAGCCAAAUGGAGGGGGGUCAGAAACGCUGGUGGGCAGCCUGCCCCAGUACUGGGUGCAAAGUGCCCUGGGUGAUGGGACCUUUCCUGCUGAGCUUCCAGCCUACUCAGUAAAUAGGCCCUUGGUUCCGA